AAUCAGUUAGUUUGCACCUUUCAGCAAGGUAUAUAGACCAGCGUUACUAAAUUUAGUUCAAAAUAAAUUAAGAAAAUGAAAUACCAUAUAUGUAUUGCUAUCGUCACUAUUGUCUUGUUCGGCAUUGCUUUAGCGGGACACAUUUCUCACGAGCAUGCAAGUAGCUAUGCAUCAGUGAUACAACAUAACCAUAUCCCACAUCAUGAUGCUAAGGAUUACGGCAGUCACAUUCAUUAUUUGUCGCAGGCAGUGAAUGGACAUGACCACCACGGUUACCAUCAUGAGCCGCAUCACUAUCCCAAAUAUAUAUACGAGUAUGGUGUAAAGGACGCACACACAGGCGAUCACAAAAGUCAGUGGGAACAUAGUGAUGGUGAUCAUGUCAAGGGUGGCUACACUUUGGCCGAAGCCGAUGGCACCAUACGCGUCGUUGAGUACACGGCUGAUGACCAGAAUGGUUUCAAUGCCGUCGUGAAAAAGAUCGGUCACGCGCAUCAUCCAGAGGUGUAUCAACACGGUCAUCAUCACUAUGGCGGUUAUUAAGGAGCUACAUAAAUUUCCUCGUGAUGUUACAUAAGUUAAUUAGGAAGAAAUCUUGAAAUACUGAAUUUUACUAAUUGUGCUCACUUGUCAGUUUUUGUUAAUAAAAAAAAUAUU